AUGUCCUGGGGUUCUGACUUUAAUGAUGACUAUGGCUAUGGCUACGACGACUACGGCGGUUCCGAUUUUGAUGAUGACGACGACUAUGGCUAUGGGUACGACGAUCGCGACUACGGCGAGUCCGACGGGGAUUAUGACUAUGACUACGACGACUAUGAGGACUGCUACGUCAGCAGAAGGAGCGACAGAGAGUCUACAGAAGACGGCUCCCGUCGCUUCGAAAACUACGCCCAAGGACGCGAGCUUCUCGCUGAACUUGCCAUCCAGCGCAAGACGGGGGAGUUUCUUGAUGUGGUAGUACAAGUAGAGGGUAGGGAGUUCCCUUGCCAUCGCGCCGUGUUGGCAACCACACCGUACUUCAAAGCCAUGCUGUCGUCCAAUCUCACCUCAAAAGUCGUACGUCUCCGCGGGAUUGACUCCACCAGCUUCUCCAAGAUCCUGGACUUCCUGUACAGCGGGGAAAUCUGCAUUGGUGAAGACGAUGUCCAGGACAUUCUGCAGACGGCACACAUGCUACAGUUUGACAAGAUUAUACAGUACUGCCGGGAGUUCAUCCAAGACAACCUCUGCCUGGCCAACUGUCUGGGAGUGAUGCGUCUUGCCGACAUGUAUGAUCUUUCUGCCCUGAAGAAGAGCGCAAGGAGUACGGCAGCGGAGUUCCUUAGCCUUUCGCCGCAAGGGUUGUUAGAUCUACUCAGAGACGAGGAUCUGAAAGUCAGGGAUGAAGACGACGUUGUCACUUCUGUGAUAAGAUGGCUCGACCAAGUCCCUGAGAAUCGUCAAACGGCAAUCUUGAAGAUUUUGCCAGAGAUCCGUCUAUCCCGUGUGAGGGUCAGCGUUCUACAGAAGCUCGAGUCACACCCUGUGAUACGAGAGUCCGCAGAAUGCCUGGCAAAAAUCACAGCAGCCCGGGAGAAACAUCUUCUCGGUACACGGGUAGUGGGAGAAGAUGCAAGUAGUCCUAGACGCGGAACAUCGGAUAACCUGGCUAUCAUUGUCGGCGGUUGGAAGGCGGUCACGAAACAACAUCCAUAUUACCGCCAGUACCGCAUCAUUGUACAGCCGACGCCCCUGAAAAGCAUAAUUUGCCUAGAUCCAGACAGUAAGCGUUACUACCACGUCAGUAACAUACCGACGCCUGUCUACGGCUACAUGAGCGUGGCGAGUGCGGAAGGAUACCUGUACGUGACAGGUGGGCGUGUCCAGCCUCUGGUCGGCCAUGGUCCUCACACCGCCCCGUCCAGGCAAGCCUUCCGGUACGAUUUCUCCUCAGACACUUGGUUGAGGUUGCCCGACAUGCCUGCAGGCAGGGCAGAGCAUCAGUCGGUGGUUGUUGACGGGAAACUCUUCCUGGUCGGCGGUGACACUGAUGCCACGUCUUUGAAGACCAUGGAUUGCUACGAUCCCGAAGAAGGGGCUUGGAUAAAGGUACCUUUGCUACCGACAAUACACUCUCCAUCGGACUUAACGGUAACAGCCUUCUGGGACAAGGUCGUAUUCAUCAAAAUGUCAGAGAGCGCCGAUAGCCACACAUAUAUUGAUGUACAGCUCGGUAUUGCGAUGCAUUUCGCAAUGGAACCCACAAUCCAGCCGCGAAACGGACACGAACUCUGUGUUCAUGCGUUUGAUUUGAAAACAAAAGGUUGGACGUACACCCAUAUCUCGGUGGAUACCUCUCUGAAGGACGUUGUCAUUGUCCCGACUGCUGUGAACGACAAGCUACAUAUCCGUACCGGACAUGCAAGGUAUUCCGACCUAUACAUCUUCGAUGCCGAAGAGGGGACCCUAAAUAAGAGUGAAAAUAUGCAAGACAGAGAGAACGUCCUUCACGCAAAAAGUAAAAACAAUUACCACUCCACUGAACAAAAGGGCAUUGUGGAUACCAUUAGCUACCACGACUUGGGAGACCACUACCCCGCAAGGCAGACGCCCCUUCCCUUUGCCUUGUUCGGCCACAGUUUCUUAGAAACCAAGAAGAGUCGCGUCGGCUGGUACUGUCGGGACCUUGCGAGGCUGGAGGUCGAGUUAGAGGGGUCGGAUUAA